GUGGUCCUCCCCGUGGUCUAUUCCUUCGUGGCCUUGGUCAGCAUCCCCGGCAACUUAUUCUCGCUGUGGGUGCUGUGCCGGGACAUCGGGCCCAAAUCCCCGUCGGUCAUCUUCAUGAUCAACCUGAGCGUCACGGACUUGGCGCUGGCGAGCGCGCUCCCCUUCCAGAUCUAUUACCACUGCAACCGCCACCACUGGGUGUUCGGGCCGCGCCUCUGCACCGUGGUCACGCUCGUCUUCUACGCCAACAUGUACUCGUCCAUCCUCACCAUGACCUGCAUCAGCGUGGACCGCUUCCUGGGCGUGGUGUACCCGCUG